AUGCGCUGCGGCGUGCACUCCUAUAACUUCGCUGUUGUUGUCGUCCUUCGUUUCUUGACUGCCUCGUUUUGGCUUCCUCUCUGCGCUGCUGUGUCUGUUCCGUCGUCGCCCGGUGUUGGUGUUUUAGUAUCUGCGCGAGACAACCCACUCAACAUCAAUUGGGAUCCUGCCCCGUCUCCCGAGGACGGCCCCCCAGCGUCGGCCGGUGCUCUCCGUGACCCGUCAUACCUCCCAGCCCAGAUCGGUGGCAUCGUCGGAGCCUACGGUCUCUCCCUGGUCGUGGUCGCCUCUCUCCUUAUUGCUCUUUCCAAACGGCGCCGUGACCACCUGAGAGCGGCCGAGUUCGGUGAAGAGGACCCGGACUUUGACCCCUUUCCUCCCCCCUUCUUUCUCCAGUCCGAAGAGGAGUACAAGAACGCCAUCGACCAGUUCCAGCAGCUUUCUGCCACCAGCGAACACCCGCCCAGAAACUUCUCGCUCCCUUCAAAUUCGCCCCUCAGCCCAACCAGGUCCUAUCCGCUCAGUGCCGGCGCAAGGUCCCAGCACUCGCUGCAUACCGUCGAAUCGCCGACCUCGACCGUCCUUGCCUUGGGCAACGACCUGUCAGUUGAUCCGGUAGUUGUAAACCACGAUAGAGCAAUGGCGCAGCAACAGCUAGAAGACAUGUACAAGUACGUGAUGGAGCAGGAGGACGCCAGGGCCCAGGGUAAGGAGUACCAGGGCCCUCCACUCCCGGCGCCCUCGACCAAGUCGCCGCCGCCCCCGUCUCCGGCGACGCCGCGGGCCCUGAAAAGGGAGAAGAACAAGCCCACAAGUCUGAACCUGUCGAGAGACGACAAGGCGCAGUCGCGUGGGUCUUCGAUCCUCUCUUUUCUCAAGUCGCCGAGGAAGAACAAGGUGCCUCAGAGCGUAUCCAUCUCAUCACCCAUCAUGACUCCCAUGUCGGGAACUUUCCCCCGCCACGAGGACCAGGAGAUGAACGCGAUGCAGCCGCGUCACUAUGCGCCGCCACCAGCGGCCUCGGUCCACUCGGACGUUCUGCCUUUCCGCCGGGCACCUAGCAACCAUCUCCCGACGCCCGACAUAUCUCCUAUCAGCACACAGAGCAUUGCUGAGCGCAUCGACUCGGCCCUUGCCCAGCCUCCAACUCGGGAGGCACGAUUCGCUAGGCGAGAGGUGCGUGAAGAACAGGAGCCGUCUCACUCGCGCGAUGUAUCGGCUGCGACGAGCACCGACAGAGAACCAACUUCGGCUGUCUCGGAGAGAUCGACAUCGUCGACGUCGGGCCUCGUUGGGUUGCCCAUGUCGCCCAAGCCCGGUGUAAACCGGUUCCCGAGCCUGGACACGCUGCCCAUGUCGCCCAAGCCGGGCCAGACCUUUGGCGACACUGCUCGUGCCAAGAACCUUGCUCCCGUCAACACGUCGAUUAGCCCCAUCAACACGACGGCUGUGUCGGCGACCUCGGGCACCUCCGCGGUGCGUCCCGGUGGCGUUCUCCCAUUCCGCGCCUAUGAGGGAAGCCCAAGCAGUCCCGCCGCCAGCUACAGCACAAAGCAGACGGUCUUUACCCGCGCCGCCGGGCCCUUGUCCCCCGGUCUUCAAACGGGUCAGAGAACCCCUUGGACGGGCGCCCCCGUUCCCUAUACCCCAUACCAGCCUUUCUCUCCCGUAGUGCCAAUCACGCCUAGCUUGGUCACACGUGCCGACCGCAAACGCAUGAAGCGCUUCGAGCCCAAGACGCCCACUGUCGAGAUGGUCAGGGGAGAGGAUGAUAUUUGGUGA